AUGGGUGUACUCCCUUUGCCUCCACCAGGGCUUCGCCCAGGACCCACUGUGGCCCUUACGGCGGCCCAAGACCUCUUGCCUAAACAACGUUAUACCUGUCCCCUCCCCAAAUCCUACUUUUGUUCCGGAAUUCGCACCAUACCAGAGGAAAUAAACCUCCAAAUAUCAGAGGAAACAACAAUAAAAUCACCAGGAUAUCCAGAGAAAAACUACGAAAGGGACACAACUUAUAUAUGGAUGGUGACAGCACCUGACGUAACAGAGGAGAUAAAUAUCAGGAUAGAAAUGGAUGUUCACUAUACUCCAGGAUACCCAUGUGAUGAUUACCUACAGAUUGAGGAAAUCAAUACCUACUUCACACUCUUUAAACAAUGUGGGAAACGAACAACAUUUAGAAUAGCAAGAGAAAACAAACUAAUAAUCACUCUCUACUCUAACCAGGACAUAUUUACAGCGAAAGGUUUUCUACUAAGUCUUAAAGAUACUAUACCAAAUACGUCAAAAGAGAUUGAGAAAUCUACACCAGUACCAUGGUACAGCUCACUGCCACCACUGCCCGAAGUUGAAGAGGUUGUUGGAACCUCGAACAUGACAAGUGUUGUUAUAACUACUGAUACUUCUUUCGGAGUUCACACUAAAUCAGAGGAAAUAUAUCUCCCUUUAUCUGAGGAGAUAACGAUAGAAACUCCGGGAUAUCCAAUGAAAAACUACACGAGGGACACAAUUUAUAAGUGGAUAGUGACAGCACCUGAAUUAGCAGAGGAGAUAAAUAUCACGAUAGAAAUGGAUGUUCACGAAACACCAGGAUUCCCAUGUGAUGACUACUUAAAGAUUCAGGAUAUCGAUGUCAACUUCAAACUCUUUAAUAAAUGUGGAAAACGAAGAGAAAAUAGAACAGCAAGAGGAAACAAACUUUUCAUCACUCUCUUUUCAGACAACGACAGAAAUACAGCUAAAGGUUUUCGACUAAGUCUUAAAGUAUUAAAGAUUUCAACAAGACAAACAAUAAAAACAACAUUGGCAUCAACUACAUUACCAGUGUCAACGAUAUAUACGAGUCCGGCGAGAAAGGCAACAACGACAGCAUCACCAAAAUCACCAUUUCGUCAUAAAACUAAUACUACAAUCAGAACAACAAUUUCAAAUAUACUUUCAAAAAAAAUAUCUUCAACGACAAAAGUUAAACGAAGAACAAUAAAAACAACUAAUCAAACAACAACACCAAAAGAGAUUCUAACAGAAGUAACGACAAGAAAAACAAUAGAAACAACUCUCCCCAGUCAGGCAGCUACUCGUCCAACAACACCAAACGAGAUAACGAGUGAACUUAUGAGUUCUGCACCAGCCACAUGGUACAGCUCACUGCCAACACUGCCCUUAACGGCAGGCAAAACCUCGAAAACGACACGUGUUGUUAUAACUACUGAUUUACACCAAAUUAUAAAUUCAGAAAUACCAAAUUCAUCAAGCACAACGCUGAAUGCUGUAACCUCAACGGAAACCAAUCCGUUUGUUCUCAGUCAAGAAAUGGUGAUUUUGAUGGCGGGAAUCGGAGUGGUAGAAGUUACGAUAAUAAUUGUGGGUAUCCUAGCAGUCAAGAGAUAUAGAAAGCAAAGAAAUAACACGACAAGACACAGUAAAGAGAAUGUCGGUCGACCCGUUUCUAGAAAGACAGUCUGCAGCAUUGAUAAUGUAUAUGCCACAAUUCCAGAGGAAGAAUUCGAUGAGAAUCCAUACAAAGAUCUUUCUGAGGAUGUGUAUGAUACAACCUCAAAAAGACGAUCUCAUGUUAAUGGUAGCUGGAGUAAUAACUCCAGAGGAAGUUUUUAUUCUCGUUUGUUUCGGAGUUCAAAAAUAAGCGGAAGAAGUACAGUACAGGAAAUGCAUCCAAUGUUUUCAACAUUCCGAGACACGAAAAAGGAAACAAAGUAAUUAGUUUAAUCUCAGAUAACUGUUUGUGUGACUUUAAUUACUAUCAUAAAUUUUUACAUGUAUUUUUUAAAACAAGGUAGGGUCUCAAGAAAUAUAUUGCCCAGUGUUUUCUAAUAUAUGAAGGUGAUAUAAGAAAUUAAAACUCUGACUUUUUGAACUGUUGAAAUUCCAUGCAGUAGGAAUAUACAAAUGGUAUUUCUCAGAUGACCUACUAAGGGCUUAUAGGGACGUCUUGAACGUGUGCAUUUUUUCCCAUAUUUUCUUAAACUUUUCAAACGACACCAUUUUAGUGCAUUCUCUAUUAGAUAAUAUGGAGAACGUGCAUCACCAAAACCAUUUUGAGAUUUUGUGAUUUUUCAAAGGAUUAUACAUAUGUAUAUCAUAAAAAAAAUGUAGUAAGAAAGAA